UUGACAUAAGUGACACUUGACAUGUGUUUCUAUCUUCAUUCUUCAUCCUCUUUAUUUUUUUUUUAAUUUAACCAAAAAUUUGAAAUUCUUAUUUAAAGAGGAAUUAAAUAUGGGUGAUUCAGAUUUAGACGAGUUAAGAAAACGCCGCUUGGCCGAACUUCAAUCCCAAUACAAGGGUGGUGCCUCAGACCAAGACGCCCAGCAAGCUCAAGAAGCAAAAGCCAAGCAGCAAGAAGAUGCCAAGAAUUCGAUUUUGUCACAAAUCUUGGAUCAAAAUGCUAGAGCCAGGUUAAACACCCUUCUCCUGGGUAAACCUGAAAAGGGCCAAAUGGUGCAAUCAAUGUUGCUUCGAAUGGCCCAAACAGGCCAAAUAAUGUCAAAGAUAGGCGAGAAAGAACUGAUAGGUCUGCUGGAGAAUGUCAGUGCACAAACACAGAGCAAAACUUCCGUAAAAUUUGAUAGGCGGAGAGCAGCGUUGGACUCAGACGAGGAUGACAUUUGAAUGCCUCUCAUUAUUUAUAAAAACAAAUGACUUAACAACAACACUACUGCCUUACAAUUAAGCACUGUGAGUGAGGUAGGAAUUUUUAAAUAAAUUAGUAAUAAUGCUUAAGGAUUAUAAAAUUGUUUUAUGUAUCUCACUAAUUUAAAAUAUUAACUGUUUUGCUUUUUGUUAUAAGAAUAAUAUAUAAGUAUAGUUUUUACACUUAUUGCCUAAGGAAAUGAAAUUAAAGGAUUUCUAAUAAUA